CUCCGCUGGUCCAGUCUCGCGGUCGCCAUAUUUCGACGAGCUUUACACGUCGUACACUCUGCUAGGGGCGCGACGCCGCCGUCAUGGACCUGGUACAAUAAGAUACUGGACACGCCGUUGUGUGUGCCGUGGUCUGAACCGAAAAAAGGCUGCUAUAGUUUUUUUUAUUGUUUAACACGUUUAUGGUGUGCAACAUUACAGUGAUAUACGAUAACAAAACUCGAGUCGGCCGCGUCAGUCGUGUUACGGUCGUUAUCGGUUGCUGUGUCGCAGUCGGUCGGCCGUAGAAGAGGUUUCUAAAGAGACAACGGUGACCGCCCGUGGAUCUCUCGCCGGUGUGGACCUUCCACCAGCGUGACGACGACACGCCAUCGGGUUAAAGUUCGGUCAUAUACAACGCGGGAAAAAAGAAGAUGGCACCCGUUGACCGACCUGAAGAAGCCGAAUCUAACGGACCAGCCGAAAAGCCAACAGAGAAAACUCCAAAAAAACCAAAAUAUCCAAAAUCCUCUAAGUCAGAUAACUCAGAUGUUGACGAAUUAACAGAUGAAAAAGUUGCAGAUGCUGUCAACUCAACAAGAAAAGGACCGGUUAUCGAAAAACCAGCUUCAGGCAAAUCUGAUUCGAUAGAUGAGGAGAUUUCAGAUAAAAAUAGUAAAGAUGAAUUAAAAAAUAAAUACUUGGAUGAUGACUUUAGGACGGGAACAGCGACACCAUAUACAACACCCAAUAGUUUAAGUCCGCCAAACAACUCAGAAAUGCCUCCAUGGGCAUCGUGGUCAAUAAUCAUAGCGGUCAUAUUACUCACUGUUGGGUUCGUUGGCUUUUGCAUACAUAGGUUCUUUAGAAAGCGAAGAACAAAAGAUGGCAAAAAAGGAAAAGGAGUGGUGGAUCUUAAAGCAGUUCAACUGCUGGGAUCAGCUUACAAAGAAAAAAUUCAGCCGGACAUGGAAGAACUGACUGAUAAUGCAGAAGAUAUAGCCGAGGAGGGAGAUAGCACAAAAGAUGACAAGAAAUUAGGAAGGUUACAAUUUAAGAUGGAGUACGAUUUUCAAGGCAAUACUCUAUCUGUAACAGUAAUACAAGCAGAAGAUUUACCGGCUUUAGAUAUGGGGGGUACCUCAGACCCGUAUGUGAAGGUUUACUUAUUACCAGAUAAAAAGAAAAAAUUCGAAACCAAAGUACACAGGAAAACAUUAAAUCCUGUAUUCAAUGAAACAUUCCAAUUCAAGGGAAUACCAUAUGCAGACGCAAUGAAUAAGACUUUGGUAUUUGCUAUUUUUGAUUUCGAUAGGUUUUCUAAACACGAUCAAAUUGGAGAGGUUAAAGUACCAUUAUGUCAGAUAGAUUUAGCACAAACGAUCGAAGAAUGGAGAGAAUUACAAUCGGUUGAAGGUGAAGGAGGACAGGAUAACAAGUUGGGAGAUAUAUGCUUUUCAUUACGUUAUGUACCCACUGCUGGUAAACUCACUGUGGUUAUUUUGGAGGCAAAAAAUUUGAAGAAAAUGGACGUUGGUGGACUUUCAGAUCCAUAUGUAAAAAUAGCUUUGAUGCAGAAUGGGAAACGGCUUAAGAAAAAGAAAACUAGUAUAAAGAAAUGCACGCUAAACCCAUACUAUAAUGAAUCUUUCACAUUUGAAGUACCUUUUGAACAAAUUCAAAAAGUUAAUUUAGUCGUAACAGUUGUCGAUUACGAUCGUAUAGGAACAUCAGAACCUAUUGGUAAGGUGGUGCUCGGUUAUAAUGCCACCGGUACAGAACUCAGACAUUGGUCGGAUAUGUUGGCUUCUCCUAGACGUCCAAUCGCACAGUGGCAUACACUUAAGGACCCAGAUGAUGACACUAAAAAUUAAAAUUACCCUAACUAAACAAUAACUACUGUCACAAUUAUUUUACAUUUGUCGCCGUACCAAAUACUCGAGUACUAUCAAUAGACUAAUAGAGAAAUACUAACGUUACAUAAAUAAUCAUUUAUAAAUUUACCUAUAAUUUAAAACGCAUAAAUACGUGAUAAUUUUAUCCCAUAAAACAAAAAGCGAGUCGUUAUCUAUUUCUACUUCUUUUUCUUAAUAAUAUUGUUAUGCAAAUUAAUUAUUUGUACUGUCAUUGGAUACAUUUCGCGGUGUUCACUUAUAAAUUACUCACUCGUGAUGACAAUUCUUUUAGGAUAAAACAUGUAAUUCUAAUCGCUAAAUGAUAUUUUACAAAACGAUUUUAAUGCAAUUCAUAAACUCUAUCUUGUAGUUCAAUAACAAAACAAAUUGCUUUCAAUAUAAUAAUUUAUUAUAGAUACUUUUUUCUAAGUUCACAUUGCUAGAAUAUUAUUUUUGUUUUGUGUUAGACAUGAGUUGUUCACCAGACAAUAUUAAUUUCCUAUCAUUUUUAAUAAGUUGAUGUCAUAAAUAAUUAUUAAUUAUAGCAGCUACACUAUAAAUAAUUGGUAUUAAAAAAAAAUUUCCAUGAUAUUGGCUAAAUUUGCUUUUAGUGUAAAAUAAGAAUAUAAAUAUAGAACCCAAUAUUGUUUUUCUUCCAAUUUGGAAAUGUUUUUAAUUCUAAUUUAAUAGGGAAACUCAGAUAUAACUACUGAUUAUUGAUGUCAUGAAACUUAUCGUUAUAAUAAAACAAUUUUUUUUUAAUUUUAUUAUAACAUGUAAAUACCAUUUUACCACCGUCUUAUUUAUAUUAGGUAUUAUAUAACUGUAUUGUUUUAUUUUUCGUAUAGAUUUAACACGUUACUCUAUAAUAGCCUUCGUUAUUUAAUAUUAUAAUUAUAAUACAAAAAUUAUAUUGUUAUUAAUUUAUUUAAAUCUAUUCGAUCACAAUGCAGUUCGAUAUACACGAGGAACAUUUUAUACAACAUUAUUGUUAUUGUAAUAUUUCAAAUUUUGGACGAUUUUACCUCGUGUUUAUUAAUGCAUAACUAAUUACCUACCACUACUUUCUAGUCUUUUAACAAAAAUAAAUUGUUUACAUUAUUUAAUCUUACAUAAAUAUUAAAAAAAGAACGUGACAUUUUUAAGCAUAGCCACGUAUGUUUCUUGUUAGGUUAUCUUGUUUAACUAUUAUAAUUAUUGUCCUCUAUUAUUAUUAUAAUUAAAAUUAUAAUAACAAUAUUAUUUUGAUGAAAAAUGAUUUUUUUAAAGAUAUAAUAUAAAUAGGUAUUGAGAAAAUAGUGAAUGUACUUAGUUAUGAAAAAAAUACCUAUGAUUAUUAUAUGACCUUUAAGAAAAAUGUACUAUCUACCUUGUUAUUGUUACUUAUUUAUUGUAAAAUAUUGUAUUAUAUACGAGAGAUAUUAUAUAUCUAGAUAUAUAAAAUAUCAAAAUAAAAAUAUUGUAUGUUUAAGUUGAUCGAUGGAAAUUUGUAGAGCCGGAAUUUGUUACGAUCGUACACAAUAAAUGGCUGAUGAGUUU